AAUGGAGAAUACAUUCUCAGACAAUGAAGUCUAAGAUCUUAAUACUUGGGAUGAGUAUUCCAAUUAAAUAAUGUUACCAUCUCCCAUAUUAUUGGGACGUCCUUCUCCUCGAAUUAAAUACAAUUAAGAAGAUUUUUCAAUACUUUCACUACCGUUUUAAUCUGACACAAUAGAAGAGUAAUAAAAUCUUAAUAAUUCUUAUGAUCCUGUAGACAAAAUCCUCAAAAUCACUAAAAAAAUAGAUAAAAAAACAAAAAAAUCUAAAAAACAAUCUAAAUCAACCAACCCAAUCUUAAAUGCUGCUAAAAAUUUCUUUUCUUAAAUCAAAUAAAGAAAUCCAACUCAUUAAAUCUAAUAAUUCUAAUAGAUAAAAUCACUUAUUGAUAAUUUAGAAGAUAUUUUAGAAUAAGUAAAAUAACAACUUAUAAUCUAAGUUUAAAAAACAGGAUCACGAGAAUGA